AUAUUCUGUUCUCAUAUGCAUUCACGGCAGAUAUGGGGGAUUGGCUCCGCGAUUGGCGCUUGUUUAUGUUUUCUGGUGCUUUCGCUCAUCGCCCUUCUCUAUGCCCGUCCAAGAUCACGCCCGUAUCUCAACCGCGUUAGCUUUCGGGUGAUGGUCUAUGCACUCACGGCCAACAUGCUGCACGGAAUUGCCACAGCCGUAUGUGCGUUCCAGACACAGGAUAGUUCAGCCUGUGGUUUCUCUGUAUGGCUCAUCUUGUUGACGCUCCAAUUCAGCAGUUGGCUGAUAUUCGGCAUCGCAUUGAAUCUUCAAUUAGUCCUGAUACACGGAAUCUCUGGUCAUGUUAUGGAGAAGUACUACAUCCUCAGCGCCUUAAUCAUAGCCCUCUGCGUAACCAUUCCACCAUUUGCCUAUAAACAAUAUGGCUGGGACGACCUCAACGAAGCCUGCUGGAUGACGGCCUCAGACCCCAGUGUCCGGCUCAAAUGGCAACUUACAACACAACUGAUGUGGUCCCUUCUUGCCGCAGUGGGAGAGUCUGUCGUGUUUUGCACCGUGUUGAGCUACAUGUUCAGACAUCAGAUUCUACACGGGAAAAAGCUUCGCAAUGGUUCUUUUGGUGGCGAGUCGGGCGGCAUGAAUUUCUCUCUUGAUGCGAAGACAAAAGCCCUCAACCAUGCUGCAUUAUAUCGUUCAGUCAUCAUUCGGAUCUCUUGUUACCCUCUGGCCUCCAUUAUCAUCAAUGGUUUAACCGUCGCAUGCGACUUGUAUUUGUCUGUGAAGGGCUCCAUAGACUCAGAGAAGGACCUGAACAUUGCUAUCCUCAAUAACCUCGUUUACGGAUUGCGGCCAAGUAUAUAUGCGUUGCUUGCGGUCUCUGAUCCGGCACUCCUACGGGCCCUCCGCUCAGCAAUUCAUGACUGCCGUAGCAAAACCGGCCAUUCAAAACCAUGCACUUCAAGUGACACUCCCGGCAAUAUCGCCUCUCAGCUUACAGUUCAUAUCGAACUGGAAGAGGUUCGACGAACAGACGACGGCGAGAUGCUGCCCCCACUGGUAGCGCAAAAGAAUGCUCUGGAUGGAUACGGAAAAGACCUGAAUGAGGAUUUAACGUCAAACCAAAUGAUCGAACGAAUAAGGAAGAGUCAUGUCCAACGCGCGAAGGAUGCUAAGAUUGCGGCGGCAAUAGCAAAGGAGGAAAGGCAGGAUUUCAAGUCCCAAAUAUAG